GGCUCCCGGGAGGCAGCUGGAGGGAAAGAAGUGGCGUCUCCAGAUGGGCUGAGCAGACUCCCCCCGGGAGGGCGCGGGAGGAGGGAGCUGAGCGCUUGCAAGGCGCACCGAGCCAGCUGAGCCCUCGAAGUUACCUCGGCGGUCGCCUGCGCCGUCUUGCUUCCUCACCGGGAGGAGGAAGGCUAAAGAGGCGCCUGUGGGUGCUGCUGGCGGGGGAAUGGGCUUCCUGGGGGCAUGCUGUUGAUGUCAGGGGUGGAGUCCAGCCGGAGCCCCUGAGCAGGGCGGCGGCAGCAGGAGGCGGCGGCUAUGGGACAGCGAAUGGGCACGGCGCUCCUACUCGUCGCGCUGGGUGAGUACCAGCCUUCCCGGCGUAGGGGUCGUGCUUCGAUUUGGAGAGGGUCCGGAUCAUGGAGCUCAGUAACUAGCCCAGCUGAAAGUCUUUUCUCUCCAUCCCGGAGGUGCGCGCCCUCUAGUUCUAAGGGUUAGUUAGCUACCGCCUCGCAUUUCUUUUGAGCCUCCGUCUGCUUUGAACAUCGGUAAAAGGGGACAUAAAAAUCUCGGCUGUGCCCUAAGUAGGUUGCCAACUGUUUUUCCAGGCAGUGCUCCUGUGUCGUUACUAACAACAACCUUUCAAGCAAAAAAUUAACACACACCCUCCUAUAGAGAGGAAAUGAUGGGAGAAGCUUCCCCUGCUAAAUGUCUGCAUCUUGGGUAGUUGUUAAAGGCAUAGGAGCUCAGGGCAGGGAAGUUGGCAAACUCCAGUUCUAGGCAUGUUUGAAUACUUGGCAGCAGCUCCAGAGGAAACAUCACAAUGAACAGGUCGUGUAUUAGACAUGUAUUGCAUGGCUUAGAUAGCUUUGUUGGUUAGAGUGUAGUGCUGAUAAUGCCAAGGUUGCAAGUUCGAUCCCCGUAUGGGACAGCCACAUAUUCCUGCAUUUCAGGGGGUUGGACUAGAUAAUCCCUGGGGUCCCUUCCACCUCUACAAUUCUGUGAUUCUGAACUCACUUUGUAAGGUUCUGCAAAUGCAGACAACCAAAUUCAGGGCAGGUCACAUUUCGCCUUCCACUGUAAAUAUUUCUCACCUACAUUUUUAUGCUGCCUGAUCUCCAAAGAGUUCAGGGCAAAAUGAAUGGACCCCUUUCUGCCAUGUUAUCCUCACAACACCUCUGUGAGGCAUGGGCAUAGUUGGGGGGGGGCAGGAGGGCAACUGCUUCUCCCUAAAUCAAGCAAAUCAAUAAAAAAAAUAUUAACUGAGGUUCUGUCCACCCACAACAUAAAGUCUGUUCCCUAGCAUAAAUCCUAGCUAUGCCGGAAUAGGUUAGUUACUAAGAGGCAGCCCAGAUCCUCAGCUGGCAUCAAGACCCCCAAGUCUAAGUACCUGCACACUAUCAGCAACUUCAUGCUGGCUCUCAUAUGAUGCCUAUUAAACAGAUCCAAACCUUAGGGAAGGAGGAUUGUUCAAAGGCAUUGGCUCUGAAUCUGAAAUGAGGGUGCCCGAAGGAGAUUCCUUGCAUCAUGAGCUGUUUGACAGGGGAACAAACUCAAUCAGAAGGAGGUAGACUGUGCUUUUAAGCAGAGGUUGGAUGGCCAUACAAUAGAUGCUUCAGUUGUGACUCCUGCAUUGCAGAGGGUUGGACUAGAUGACCCUCGGGAUCCCUUCCAACACUACCAUUCUUUGAUUCUAUUAAGUUACAUGGAUCCCCUUUCCAUUUGCAGGGUACCUGCUCAGGUCAUUGACUGCAGAAGCCCAGUGUGAAAACAUUUACCAAGAUUUAUCUGACUGCAUCUUAAAACUAGGAGAGAAUAUGGCCAUCUAUGAGGAAGAAGAGGAGGAGGAAGAUGAAAGGGACCAGAUGCAAGGACUGUAUGCUGUCUGCGGGUGAGCAUGCCUAUAACACCAUCCAUCCAUCCAUCGCUGACACAUCUUGCUUCCAGAUUCAGUGCUACUCUCCCCCAAAUCCUGUUCUCCACUGUGAAUUUUGGUGUCAAGUAUUCCCCAGAUAUUUUCUAAAUACUCCAAAUAUAGACCUCUCCCAUAAUUAAGUGGGUGACUCCAUAUCUACUCCACAUCUAGGACAGGAAAAUGAGACACGGGUGGCGCUGUGGUCUAAACCACAGAGCCUAGGGCUUGCCGAUCAGAAGGUCGGCGGUUCGAAUCCCCGCGACAGGGUGAGCUCCCAUUGCUUGGUCCCUGCUCCUGCCAACCUAGAAGUUCGAAAGCAUGUCAAAGUGCAAGUAGAUAAAUAGGUACCACUCCGGCAGGAAGGUAAACGGCGUUUCCGUGUGCAGCUCUGGUUCGCCAGAAGCGGCUUAGUCAUGCUGGCCACAUGACCCGGAAGCUGUAUGCCAGCUCCCUCAGCCAAUAAAGCGAGAUGAGCACCGCAACCCCAGAGUCGGUCACGACUGGACCUAAUGGUCAGGGGUCCCUUUACCUUUUAUUCCCCAGAUAUUCUCUAAAUACUCCAAACAUAGUCCUCUCCCAUAAUUAAGUGGGUGACUCCACAUCUAGGACAGGAAAAUGAGACUCCACACAGACAGCAGGCACAUUUUCCUGCAUAUCCAGGGGCACCACCAUAGCUCAGUUUGCUCUGCAUGCAAAAAAGCCCCAGAUUCAACCCCCAGCAUCUCUAGGUAGGGUUGGAAAGACACAUUUAAAACCCUGGAGAGCAGCUGCUCGUCAGUGUAGACAAUGCUGAGCUUGGUGGAUCAAUGAUCUGAUUUGGUAUAAAGGAGAUUUGUGUGUUCUUACAAUGGCUUGUUUAAUAUACACACGGACGUCUGAGAAAAGAGCAUGGGUAUAACCGCUCCAUCUGCUAUGUGCCCGUUAGGCUGAAAGGAAGCAUGUGGCAUGCCUUCAGCCCAGAGAAAUUGGGGUCAGGGAGCCUUGCGAUUAGAUGCACACAUUCCAAAUCUCAGUUUCCCCCUUCUAAGGUUGUUAGGAUUUCUGCCCUCUUCACAGCACUCUGAUGGGUAAUUAAUAAAGGAGGAAAAGUGUUUCCCUCUGAUCCUGUUUAUCCCCUCCUGGACUGCUUCAGUGGCACAUGGGGCAGAGUCCCUGAUAACUUUGCAACUCUUGUGGGAUGCCUAUAGCGUAGCCCAGGGGUGGCAGCCCUCAGGAGCUAUUGUACGAGAAGGAAGAAUUGGUGGUCUGAGGAGAUGUUGAAGGAAGAGCAGGGAGGAUCAUGCCUGAGGAGAUUCCGAAAAGAUUGAGAGAGGAAUGGGGAGCAUAUAGAAAAGGAGGAAGGGAGAAGGAACCACAGAGAAGCCAGCUGCCAUGUUCUACCCUCACAGAGGCUUGAGGCCUCCACCAGAGGCAGAGAUAUGCCUGAGAAACUUUCAAGAGUGCAUGCAAACAGUCAUUCUUUUCAAGUGGGAUUUAAUCACACACACUGGCAAAUUCAGGUUGCACCAUUAAAGCAGAUUGGGAGCUCUUGGGCAACAAACCCGGUUCUCCAAAAUGGAAAACUGCACCAGAAAGUGUGGGAUAACACUUGCUUUGAUGCUGCAGUUUCAUGUACACCAUACACCUCUUGUUUCUUCCCUUCUUUUUCUAGCCCCAUUUAAUAAAUCCUUGCUCUUGCCAUCUCACCACACCCUGCUUUUACUAAGUUGUUCACUGCCUCCCCCCCCCCAUUGCCUCUUUUCAAGGAAAGUGGGGCUGGGGACAUCUGGCAUUCCCUCCCACCCCCAAAUUUGGAAAGUGCAGAAAUACAGUUUAAAGGAUCCUAUGAAUAAGGAUGAAACGGGACGUGGGUGGCACUGUGGUCUAAACCACAGAGCCUAGGGCUUGCCGAUCAGAAGGUUGAGGUUCGAAUCCCCACAAUGGGGUGAGCUCCCAUUGCUCAGUCCCUGCUCCUGCCAACCUAGCAGUUUGAAAGCAUGUCAAAGUGCAAGUAGAUAAAUAGGUACCACUCCGGUGGGAAGGUAAACGGCUUUUCCGUGUGCUGCUCUGGUUCGCCAGAAGUGGCUGUCAUGCUGGCCACAUGACCUGGAAGCUGUACGCCGGCUCCCUCGGCCAGUAAAGCAAGAUGAGCGCCGCAACCCCAGAGUCGGUCACGACUGGACCUAAUGGUCAGGGGUCCCUUUAGCUUUAUGAAUAAGUUGCCUACUGAGAAGGUUUCUGCUCAUCAAGAUGGCUUAUAAAUAUUCUAAAAAUAAGAUAUAAAUAUAAUUACCUUGGGGAGGGGUGUAGCAUUGUGGUGUCAGAGGUGACAUGGAGGCCGGAGAGAUUUUACUCUUAUUCCUCUGAGCUGUUUGUUUAUUUAUGAGCAUCAUGAAAUUAGGCCCCACUUCUUUCCUUCAGAGGUGAUAUUAGCUGCAGGGGGCACAGAUAGAUAGAUACCCAUGUGUGAAGCUACAGGGAACCAGGCAGAGGGCCUUAUUGGUAGUGGCACCAACCCUGUGGAAUGCCCCCCCCCAUCAGAUGUUAAGGAGAUGAGUAAUUAUAUAGCAUUUAUAUAGGAAAUUAUAUAGCAUUUAUAUAGGAAACAUCUGAAGGCAGCCCUGUACAAGGAAGCUUUUAAAAGUUUAAUGUUUCAUUAUGUUUUUAUAUAUGCUGGAAGCCACCCAGUCAGAUGGGUGGGGUACAAAUAAUAAAUUAUUAUUAAUUAUAUUUUAUCCCUCUGCAGGGAGACCAGGGGAGAGGGAGAUUUAAGUUGGGAUAAUGACAUUGGCAGAAGAAGGAAUCUAGGUUGUCCCUCAGUUGCUUAUCAGGAUAAUAGGAACUAAGAGCUAUGCCUUGCAUUUCUGGGAUGUAUAAAGUCCUCUGCAUCUGUUCUUUUCCAAUUAGAACAAUUCUAUAUUUUUUUUUAAUCAUUGCCAUUGUUUUAUCUGUUUUUAUAAUUGUAUUUUCUAUAGUUGUAACCCACAUUGGGGCCUUAUGGUGACGGAUGGGUCAGAGAGCUUGCAAGCAAAUAAAUAAAACAUGUGGUAAUAAUUAUGGAUAGUAAUAAUCAAUGAAAUGCACUGAUUCGGGGCUGAGGCCUAAAAAAGACACAAGUCAGUCUUGAAUCCAUUUGGCCUUUCCAAGGAGGGGCAGCUUCAAACUGAGAAGCUUGAGGUUAACGUGGAUAUGCAGCCAUUUGUUUACUUGUAAUCAAAUCAGGAUAGAUGGGAAGGCAAUCAGGUACCAAAGCACCAAGCCCCUCAGCCAGGUCUGGGCCUGAUUAAAAGCGAGCAAGGGAGAUGGAAGAGAUAAAAAGUUUGCUGAGAUAAAUGGGUGCCAUUGUCCAGGAAUGCAAUCAAGGAAGAGGCGAAGCUCUGGGAAGGCAUAAAACCAGCUAGCCCAGCAAGAAAAAAGAUGCUGAGAUUAGAAAGGCAGAAAAAGCAAUAAAUAAGAAUAGGGAACCGGCAAAAGGAGAAGCCAGAUUAGGGAGAGGGUAAAGACAUAUUGUAGGGUUGGGCAGGAGGUUAAUGAAGGAGACAAGAAAGUCUUGGAGGAGAGAAGAUGAAGGGAAGAUGACCUCUAAGGGGCAUUGCGCCUGAAUUGGAGUUUGAGCCUUGGGAAUUUGUUGUUGUUGUUUAGUUGUUUAGUCGUGUCUGACUCUUUGUGACCCCAUGGACCAGAGCACGCCAGGCACUCCUGUCUUCCACUGCCUCCUGCAGCUUGGUCAAACUCACGUUGGUAGCUUCGAGAACCCUGUCCAGCCAUCAUGUCCUCUGUUGUCCCCUUCUCCUUGUGCCCUCAAUCUUUCCCAGCAUCAGGGUCUUUUCCAGGGAGUCUUCUCUUCUCAUGAGGUGGCCAAAGUAUUGGAGCCUCAGCUUCAGGAUCUGUCCUUCCAGUGAGCACUCAGGGCUGAUUUCCUUAAGAUUGGAUAGGUUUGAUCUUCUUGCAGUCCAUGGGACUCUCAAGAGUCUCCUCCAGCACCAUAAUUCAAAAGCAUCAAUUCUUCGGCGAUCAGCCUUCUUUAUGGUCCAGCUCUCACUUCCAUACAUCACUACUGGGAAAACCAUGGCUUUAACUAUACGGACCUUUGUUGGCAAGGUGAUGUCUCUGCUCUUUAAGAUGCUGUCUAGGUUUGUCGUUGCUUUUCUCCCAAGAAACAGGCGUCUUUUUGGGAAUAGUUAUUGUAAUAAUAUUGCACGAUACCCCAAUCUCUGAGCAGUUCGAGGUUCCAGGCGCUCACCCAGGGUUUGUGCUUCCUUUGGAAUGAGGUACAGCACAGACUGUGGUGUCUGUAUGAUCUAUGGUUUAUUUACACAUAUCUACAACCUGAGCCUAUGAUGGAAGGGUUCCCAGCAUUAGCAAGAAGGUCUUGCUUCUCCCAUAGCCACAACCUUGGAUUCCAGCAGAAAUCAGGCAUGGUUCUGUCUCCCAGCUGCCUGCCUGCCUGCAACUUUGCUUCUACCUCACAUACCUUAACUCUCUGGUCUUUGUCUUUCUAACUACCAGUGAGUUGAGGGAGAGGGGGCCCUCUCAUUUGUCACCUGGCACAGAGCCACUUCCUUUGUUACCUUAAUGGCCUGCACCUCACCAGAAAGCUAGCCCGGCUAUUCGUGGAAUUGAAUCCAUGCUGGAUCCAGGAAUUAGAAGGGGGCUCAGGCAUACAGCCUACCCCAUCCAAAUCCAUAAUUAUAAUAUUUGUUAAGAACUUUCAAGAGUUCAAAGUGCUUCACACACACUAUCUAGUUACAAUUAGGAACACAGGAAGGUACCUGCCUUAUAGCAAGUUGGAUGGCUGGUUCAUGUAUUGUCUACACUGAUGGGUGUAGUGGCUCUUCAAGGUUUUAAGCCGGUGCCUUUUCCAGCACUACCUAGAGACUUUGGAGAUUGAACCCUAGGAUAUAAGAUGCUGUACAGCCUUUCCCUUUCUUACAACAACUUUGCAGAGUAAGUCAGUAUAUUAGCCUCCAUAUUUCAAGUGGAGAAGAAUGAGGCUGAGAGAGUCAAACUGGGGAUUUCCUAUUGGUAGUUCAGUUUCUUAAUCACUGCAAGCAAGCAAGCUCAGCCACACACCAGAUUCUUGCUGCUGUUUUUAAACCCCACUUUCUAACUCUCCGUGGCAUAGCUAAAGGGUAGCUCUCGUUCUCUGUAGGAGUGAUCCCCAAGAACUCUCCCCACCCCCACCCCCCCACAAACUUUUGCUCAUUUUCUUAGAAUUACCUCACUGAGGUAGUAAUGUGAAACUUUGUAUCUGGGCCAUACCACUUUAGAUUGCAGGCAACGGUUCCCAUGGUGAUGGUGUGAGGUGAUUUAAUUUGUUCAGAUGCAACCCUAACUGCACUUACCUGGGAGCAAGCCCCCUCUUUUUUCACAGUAAAUCAGUACAUAAACAACAACAGCCUAUACAGAAUCAACCAUGUUUUAAGAAUUAGGAAAUGGAUCCAGAUCAGGGCUGUAUACAUAUAUUUAGAGGUUCUGUGUGCUUAACAUAUACACAUGUGAAAUUUAGUACUAAGCAUGUUCAGCACCUAGAGAACCUCAACUUUUAUUGAAAUUUCUAGCCCUUAAAAGAUUAUGAAGUUGGGUCUGAAAAUGUGUUCACCACAAAGGAUGAAAUAUCAGAAACUAUGGGGAAGACACAUUUUAUUGGGUCGGAAACCAGGGCUUCAGCACUCUGCCUGUUCGUUUCUUUGCCUCUUCUCAUGAAUUGGAGAAGAAGAAUUAAUGAAGCAAACUAUAUGAGCAUAUGCAAGCCUUAAUUAACCUCCUUUAUACAGACCAUUGGAUUCACAUUUUGUUGAUGCGGAGUUAGGCUUUCUUGUUUUGUUUUGCUUUAAUGCAGAAUACAUACAACCUAUCAUUGUGUUGCAAGACCUGAGUCACUAUCAUCCUGGAUAUGCCCUGCCAUUCUUUCCUGCUAUAAUGGAAUUAAAACAAUACUGUCUUCCCAUGAUGUUCCUGUUCCAUGUUUCUCUCCCUCUGCUAGUGAGAAAAGGCUGGUCAGUGACAGAUAUGGAGAUCAUAAUAACUGAUGCCUCAGAAAGCAGCCUGCUAUGAAAUUGAUUGUAUUUGUUGUUUGGUUUUAGUUGUGCAACAUUCCCCCAGAGUCCAACGCUGACAGGUCAUGUGAUUAUGGCCUGUCUUUGUGAACAGAUGGAGGCUGCAAAAAGUGAGGCAUGCUGGGGAUUGUGAUUACCCAACUGAGAUGGGGAAGGGUGGGGGAGAAAGAGUGAAGAGAAACAAAUACACACAAAAAAUGUCCUUCAAAGUAGAUGCUUCAGUUUUCAUGCCUCGCUCUUCCUGUCUUUGUUGAAGUCAAAUAAUUUUAAGCUGCUAACACUAAAUUUCUCCUUUGCCCCCUGCAAUUAUGCUGUUGCAGGUUGCAGAGGCAAGGCUUGUUAUAAGGCAAAAUGAGUUUACCUUGUUUGGCAGCAGCUUCUCUCAUUAUUAUCUCAGGACAUUUAUUCUGCCACAAUAGUUCUAUUUAAUGAGCUCUUUACAGCUGGCAACCAGAUAAGUGUUCUCUGAGAUUUUAUGCACACAGACAUACACACACCAGCCUUGUUUCAUGAUUGUGUAAGGAUGCCUUGGACAAAAGAUGCUUUUUGUAUAACCAGGGUCUUCUUUGGGCAAAAUGUUCCACUUAUGUGAGAAAGACUGGUGGGUUUUGGUGGGUGUGUUCGGCAACAUGCCAUUAAUGCAAUAGUUGUGCAUUAGCGAUGGAUUUUUAGUGGACCAUCCACACAUUCAGCUUUAUUAGACGUUCAGUGACACUUCCCCAAUGUUACCACCUUAUUGCUGUCUGGAGAGGCACUCUUGUGCAAUAGCACAACGAAAGUGAAGCACAUACCCUUGCACGUUUGUGGUUACAGGAUAGAGUUACAGGAUUUCAGCUGGACACUACAGGGCAUGCACCGAUUGCAAACAAAGUAGGAUGUCCACUGAGAAACAAUUGCUGGGGAAACUCAGUCAGAUGGGCGGGGUAUGGUAAAUAAACUAUCAUCACCAUCAUUAUUAUUGCAGGCACAAAUAGCAUUGAAAGUGGGAACACAUAUAACCUCACUGAUACAAUCAUGGGCACAAAUAAUCAUGAAUGCACAAUAAAAAGGACAUCUGAAGGGACCCAUUGUAACAUUACAAUCAAACAUUUCCAGAAGGAAAAUGUUUCAGCAACACCAGAAAAAAAGAUACAAUUCACUUUCACAGUGCAGCUAUUACAGUAACAGCCUAGCAAGGGAUUACAGUCAGGACUCUGUCCUAUGUCCUGCUUCCGCCCCCUUUUAAAAAAUCCAUUAUAGCUCAAUCUAUUUAGUCUGGAAUCCAUGUAUUCAUUGGAAGAACUGGAAUUGGUUAACCAAGAAUUUAGUUUGCACCCUGUUUUGAGCACUUGUGGUGGGCGGGGCCAGAGGCAAAAGUGGGUGGAGAAACUGAUGUAAAUUUUACAUGGUAGCCUAGUUUGUGCAUUUACACACCCCUCUCCAUCCAACAAGAGGCAUUAUCAGCAUUCAAAGACACAUUCCAGCCAGGCAAAAACAAUCAAGGAGGGUAUGGAGCAGGGCCAGCUAGAGAGGGUGGCUGGAGAGGAGGUGAGGCCUGGAGAGAGGUGUGGAGGACCACAUUCAUUCCCACGGCCUGAAGGUCUCCACUCUUGAGCUAGAUCAACCUUCUCAGGGUAUCCUAUCCUGCUUAGGCAUCCUGAAAUUUGGUUCUUUCAACAUCCAUCCUAAUGUUCCUCAUGUAGGCUGCAUUUGUAUGCACAAAAGCAAAAUGUUAGGUAUCCUAGGAGUUAUUCAGGAAGGACUGCCUAUAGAAGAACUAGUUCCUAUGGGGAUAAAUUUGGCACAGGGAUCAUGAAUUCAUAUUCAUGGCAGCCAUGUGAGCAUAUUACAGAAGUGCUGCUAGACUUGGAUUGUCCCUUUUUUCUUCCUCUAAGGUGGACAGAAUCACAUUGAGAAGGCUGGAAAAGUGCCUACUCUGGUCAUAACCAACCAACCAAGUCAUUCAGGGUUUAUGUCAGGGGUGGACAACCUCUUUGAGCCAGUGAACAUUUUGAGUGCCAUGGGUGCCAGUCACAAAAUGGCUGGCAUGGGGGUGUGGCUUUACACAAAAUGGCUGCUGUAGGGAGCAUGAGAGAGGCCAAGCCAAAGCAAACAGGAAUUGAGCAGAAAGAGCAAGAAGCCUUUUGCGGGUUGUGGAUUUUUGAGGGGAUUUUUACUGAAACAUUUCAUGGGUCCCAUAAGAGCUGCUUGUGAACAGACCCUGCAUUGAUGAUCCCUGCUAUAUGUUCUGCUUUACAGAUAAGCAAUUUCUAACUGUGGCUUCUUUGUUUUAUGAAAAGAAACUAAAUAUUCUCCUUCUCCUGCUGCAGAUAUUGGGAAGAGUUUCACACCUGUGCUGUGGCUGCCCUUUGGGAGUGCCAGAGGGAGGCAGCAACUAUCUGGGAGAUGUUGAAAAAGGAAUCUAGGAAAAUCAAAUUCCAAGGCAGCCUUUUUGACCUCUGCGCCUCCAGCAACUCCCAGAAUUUCAGCUCCUUGCAGAUUCCAUCUAUUUCACUGUUAAGCAUCACUUUGAUGGUCACGUGGCUUAAUUUAUAAAGGGAACCACUCUGCACAUAUGUACAUAUAUUUAUUUCCAGAUCUUUGAUAAAUACUGUUAGGGGUUUUGUGUUUGUUUAGUGAAUGCUUGGUUACAUUAUAAAUAUGGAGGGAAAUCCACUGCAUUUUCCAGUGAUCUGGGUUGUCAAAAACAAGUCUGGCAAGUGUUCCAGUUUGACUUUGCCCAUGAGAAGUUGCUUGUGAAUCUCAGCUUUAAACCACUGAACUUGGAG